UUAUUUAGCCACAAAGUGACCAUUCGCUGCUGGUCAAAAUGUCCAACAAUCCAGUAGCUGGUCCCAGUCGCAAAAGGGACUCACAGCCGAAAAACGACAAUCCAAUCCCCGAUAAGCGCAACAAAUUCCACUUGACAUCUCCAGAUGCCGAUACGUACUCCGCUUCCGGUUUGAAAUUAACACUUCACGGAGUGACGUUUCAACUGAAAUUGUUGCUGCUAUUCAUGAAACGAGCAUUGCUAACGGGCGCCAAAUUUCGACUGGCCACCGAAAUGGACGCAGCCGAAAAAUUCGAUGACGUAGUGUUGCAGCAAUUCGAUCCGGCACUUCAGAAAUAUGUUUGUCGCUUCGUGCAGGCUAAACACAAGCACGAAGAUGCCAAGCAAAUCCACUACACGGAUCUCAAGUCUCAAACGGAUGGUGUGCGCACAAAUAUUCGCAGUGUCGUUAAAGAAGACGUGCACCUCGUAACGGACAGUCUGUUCACGCAACUAUUUGAAAAUGAGGAAAUCUCCAUCGACUGCAAUAAUGAAUGGAUGGUUCGAAUGCCGGAUUUCAUUCCGAGAACAUUGUAUAGGUCCGUAGCCUUUACGGAAUCGGAACUCAUUGACCGUGUGGCUAAGGUACCAGAAAUUCUUGUUGCUGUGCAUGGCCGGGUCAUGAGUGAAUUGGUGGUGAGAGUAUUGAACCAGAAAUUGAAGCAACGACUGAAUGACGACUCGUUCAUGGACAGAUUUUUCUUCAUCAAAUCAGAUGGCAUGGACGACUUUCGCGAACGUAACAACGGGCUGGCGAUGGUGCGUGUUAAACAAUUGAGUCACGAUGCAAAGUUUUUAGUUGAAGAAAUGAUUUCGAAGGGACUGGAUGAUCACGAGAAAUAUGAAAUGUUCACAACGCAGGAGUUUUUUCCUCGGACCAUUGCCGAUUUUUCGAAAUUCAAGAAUGAAAAUAUUUUGUUAGUGGGAGAGGCGGGCAUGGGAAAGUCAACAUAUCUGAAUGAACUGGCAUAUCGGACAAAGGCCGACGAACCUCAUCUGUGGAUAACGAAAAUCAAUUUGAACGAUUACACGGACAUUUUAAAGGAAGCAUCCGAUGGGGACACUGUUGACUAUGAGACCCUUCUGAUAGAAUUAGCCACGGAUCACCUAACGGAAGAUUAUGAACGAAUUGUGUUUUGCAAGAAGUACAACGAUGAUGAAGUUGUGCUGAUUCUGGAUGGACUGGACGAGAUCAGUCCUACAUUCAGUGAUAUGUCGAUUGGAUUGUUGAACUUUGCUUUAGAGCAGCCGUCUAAGAAGCUAAUCCUUGCGACAAGACUGCAUCUGUGCGACUCGUUGCGAAGCCAUCUCCAAGAGGACGCUUUCUAUUUUCAACCGUUGACCGUUGCAGAGCAAAAAAUUUAUUUGAAGAUGAAGUGGCUGGAUGGUCUCGCCACCAAUUCAUCUUUCACCGAACAUUCAUUCGAUCUAUUCAUUAACACUCUGUUCACGAAUAUUUUUAGUCAGAAGCAGAAUACGAAAAUUUUUAGCGUUCCGCUGCUGCUAUCAUUCAUUGCAGAAAUUUUCAAAACUGACUUCCGAUUGUUCCACGACACAUUGGACAUGGGUAGUGUGCGACUUAAAAGUUCGGCGUUACAAGGAAGACAAGAAUAG